UCUCCGCGUAGAUAUCAUGUGAAGUGAAUUCAAAUUGUAAAGAUCAUUAAAGAAGGUAAAGAGGAAGGUGGGAGUUUGCAAUUAAGGGACCUCUGCCCGAGGCAAGAGGUACAAUGUAGCCCAGAAGACGUUUGGCAGUAAGUGGCACAAGCUCAUGUAAAAAGAACCCCAAAAACAAAAAAACAAAAAAAAACAUUUCACUCUGGAUAGAAGCAUUUGAUUUACAAUGGCUCGAAGGAGGAGUUCAGACUACAGGGCUCUCCCGGAGUACGAGAAAAGUCAGAUAAAGAGGGCACUGGAACUGGGCACGGUGAUGACUUUAUUUAACUACAAGAAGUCCCAGCCGGAACGCCGCACUGUCCAAGUGAUAAUGGAAACCUACCAAGUGGCGUGGAGCAAGACGGCAGAUAAGCUUGAAGGAUUCUUGGACAUCUCAGAAAUUAAGGAAAUCCGACUGGGGAAAACAGCAAAAGACUUUGAACGAGUGAAAACCGCACGAUUAAAAGAAGAUUGUUGUUUCACAAUUUUCUACGGAAGCCAGUUUGUCCUCAACACGUUGAGUUUAGAAGCUGAUUCUGCUGAAGAUGCGGAGAAAUGGCGCUGUGGUCUGAGCAUUUUAAUUGAAGAAGUCUCUGCUGCCCCCACACCAUCAAUUAUAGAAAGUUGGCUGAGAAAGCAGAUUUACUCGGUGGAUCAGACCAGGAGAAAUACAAUUAGCGUACGAGAGCUGAAGACAAUACUUCCAAUGAUGAACUUCAAAGUUGGCGGUCUGAGAUAUCUGAAGGACAAGCUGACGGAAAUUGGUGCUCCCAAAGAUGAAGUUAGCUUUGAGCAUUUUCACCUCUUCUACAAGAAACUCAUGUUUGAUCAUCAGAAGACCAUCUUGGAUGAAUUCCGAAAAGAUUCCUCUGUCUUUAUUUUAGGAAGCAUUGAUCGACCAGAUGCCUCAGCAGUUCAUCUGCAUGAUUUCCAGCGGUUUCUACUCCAUGAGCAGCAGGAAUCAUCGGCUCAGGAUCUAAAUAAAGUUCGAGAACGUAUGACGAAGUUUAUUGAUGACACUAUGAGGGAAACGGCAGAACCGUUCCUGUACGUGGACGAGUUCCUGACUUAUCUAUUCUCGAAAGAAAAUAGCAUUUGGGAUGAGAAAUAUGAUGAGAUUUGUGUGCAGAAUAUGAAUAACCCACUGUCACAUUACUGGAUCGCUUCAUCACAUAACACGUAUUUGACGGGGGACCAGGUGCGCAGUGAAUCAUCCACAGAAGCCUACGUUCGAUGUUUGCGCAUGGGAUGCCGAUGUAUAGAGUUGGAUUGUUGGGACGGACCGGAUGGAAAACCAAUUAUUUAUCAUGGCUGGACAAGAACAACCAAAAUUAAGUUUGACGAUGUAGUUCAAGCUAUCCGCGAUCAUGCAUUUGUAACUUCUGAAUAUCCAGUCAUUCUCUCCAUUGAAGAACAUUGCUCAGUUGAACAACAGAGGCACAUGGCCAAAGUCUUUAAAGAGGUGUUUGGAGAUCUCCUGUUGACCCGUCCCAUUGAAGCCAGCGCAGAUCAAUUGCCUUCUCCCACUCAGCUCAAAGAGAGAAUUAUCAUCAAGCAUAAAAAACUGGGACCCAAAGGAGACUUUGUUACAAAAGCUGAUGACCAUAAAGAGGAAACCAAAUUGCAGGGAGAGCUUGAUAUGUGGGACCCCAUCGAUCAGAAAUGGGCUUCUCGAUACUGUGCAAUAGAAGGCGAUAAACUUUCUUACGGUGACGAAAUUGAGCAGAAUACAGAGGAAUGCACAGCACCGAAGAAAACCACAGAUCUGCAUUUGCAAGAGAAAUGGUUUCACGGACGGAUGUGGGAGGGACGCAUCAUGGCGGAACGUCUGCUUCAGGAAUAUUGUGCUGAGAUGGGGGGCAAGGAUGGAACCUUUUUAGUGAGAGAAAGUGAAUCCUUCCGAGACGACUUCACACUCUCUUUCUGGAGGCACGGCAGAGUUCAGCACUGUCGUAUUCGGUCUUACCCAGAAGGAGAUGGAAUGAAGUAUUACUUGACCGACAACCUCACAUUCGAUAGCAUAUACGACCUGAUACAACACUACAGGGAAUCCUCAUUACGAUGUGCAGAAUUUGAACUGCGAUUAACGGAUGCUGUUCCCAAUCCCAACCCUCAUGAAUCUAAAAGCUGGUACCAUGAUAACCUCAGUCGAGGAGAGGCUGAAGAUAUGCUAAUGCAAAUUCCUCGGGAUGGAGCCUUCUUAAUACGCAAGAGAGAUGAACCCAAUUCCUACGCAUUCACUUUCAGGGCGGAAGGAAAAAUAAAACACUGCCGAAUCCAAAAAGAGGGUCGCCUGUUUGUACUGGGAACAUCUGCUUACUUCGAGAACCUGGUGGAGCUUGUGAAUUACUAUGAGAAUCACCCGUUGUACCGUAAAAUGAAGCUACGAUACCCAGUAACUGAGGAGUUGCUGAAAAGAUAUAGCACAGAAAAAGACUUCAGCGCAAUAUAUGAUGUGACUAAAUUAUACGUGGAUCCUGAGGAGAUCUCUCCAGCAAUGCCACAGGGAACCGUCGAAGCUCUGUACAACUAUACGGCCACGCGACCUGAUGAGCUUAGCUUCUGCACCGGAGCACUGAUUCACAAUGUUACCAAGGUUUCCGAUGGCUGGUGGAGGGGAGAUUAUGGAGACAAGAUACAACAAUUUUUUCCUUCAAAUUACGUGAAGGAUGUAUCGAUAAAUGAUUCAGAGACAGUUGCCAAUCAGAUUAUAGAGGACAGUCCGUUGGGCUCUCUGUGCCGGGGAAUCUUUGAUUUGGGAACAUACAAUAUCAGAAAAUUACAACAAGGGAAGUACAACAAGCAGUUUGUGUUUUCACUGGAGCCAAAACAUCCUGAAGACCCGCCGGUGGAUUUUGCCACAGACAGAGUCGAGGAUCUGUUUGAAUGGUACCACAAUAUCCAUCAGAUUGCGCAGCAGAAAGGAGCGGAGGCAUUUGUCAUAAAGAACUGGGAGAAGAAUCAAGCUAUUGCCCGGGAUCUGUCAGAUUUGGUGAUCUACUGCAAGCCAACCAGCGAGGCUAAAGACUGUUUGGAAAGACCUGAUUAUCGAGAAAUCCGAUCGUUUGUGGAGAACAAGGCAGAUAGUAUUGCACGACAGAAACCCAAUGAGCUGCUGCGCUAUAAUCGUAAAGCUUUAACGCGAGUCUACCCCAAAGGAACAAGAGUUGACUCUUCAAACUAUGACCCCUUGCACCUUUGGCUGUGCGGGACACAAAUGGUAGCUCUUAAUUACCAAACUCCAGACCGGUACAUGCAGGUAAAUCAUUCCUUGUUUUCUCACAAUGGAAAUUGUGGCUACAUUCUCCAGCCGGAGUGCAUGAGACAAGACUCGUAUGAUCCCAGUGGCUCUCGGAGGGAACCAGAGAUGGUGGUCACCAUCAAGAUAAUCGGAGCCCGGCAUUUGCCAAAACCUGGCCGGGGAAUUGCGUGUCCUUUUGUAGAGGUUGAGGUUUGCGGUUGGGAGUACGACAACAACAAAUUUAAAACAAGUGUUGUCAAUGACAAUGGACUGAACCCCGUAUGGACAGCGGUUCAUCAGCAGAAGAUGUUUGAGAUCCAUGAGCCGAACCUUGCCUUCCUUAGGUUUACAGUAUAUGAAGAAGACAUGUUCAGUGACCCCAACUUCCUGGCCCAAUACACAAUCCCCAUUAAAGGGCUGCGGACAGGUUACAGGUCGGUCCCACUGAAAAACGGUUACAGUGAAAAUAUUGAGCUCUCUUCCCUCCUGGUACAUUGCCAAGUUCAGAAAAACCUGGGAAGACAAGAAGAUCUGUAUUCCUCGUCUCAGGAUCUUUGGAGGAAGACAGACCCGAAUAAGGAACUUUUACUGUACGAUACUCACCAGAACAUGAGGAAUGCCACGCGGGACGCCAGGCAGCUCAACGACAGCAAAGGUGCAAACCAGGAUUCCCCAAACAAGAGGUCAAAGGAGAAAAGUAUCAGCAACAGCAGAUUCUAUUCAUAACGAAAACGUUCUGAGCUACUUUGAAACCACCCACUAUCAAUCCUGGUACAAGAUAAUUGUGGACUCAGCUAGAGCUUCCUGCAAGACAGAUACAGUUUAAUAGAAGUACAACAAACAUAUAUAUGAUCUUAGAAAUAGAACAUUUUUAAGCACGCUGGUUUCCGAGGACACUUUGAAUACAGUCUGCGAUCCUGCGGACAGUUACUGCCGUUACAUUUCUUUAUUUGGAGACAAAUACUCAGUUUCCACCUCAUGUUCUAGUUCAGAGACAUUAUAAGACUGUUUGCAGAAGAUUAUAGGAUAGAAUGCUCCGCACAAGGUUUUUCCUGUUUCGUUCAGAACGUUCCUUCGUUUUAUUGCUGAUUUUGGGAAAAAUUUCAACUGGAACAGACUCCUGCUGCUUCAGACUUGUGGAAAGCUCCCUUCAAGUUCUGUUAUUCCAUAAUUACAUUUCUAUACAUCUUCAAAGCUGGAAGUGACUCAGGAGAUAACUAUUUUCAAACUAUCUUAGCCUUUCAUAUUUAAAGGGACAUUAAAGCCUCCUGACAAAUGUUACGUUCGAGGCAGUUUGUGUGUGUGUGUGCAUGUUACAGUUUUGUUUUAAACCAAGUGCCUAACCCUGGAGGUCUGUGAUACAGUUUGUCUUUCGUAAAACAAUGUGUAAAAUUCUAAAUAUGAAACUGCACUGGAAGAUUAAGCCAUAAUUGUAUGUUGAAUGCCUGUAAGGCAGCAAUGUCACCAGACUACUUUCAUACACUUUCUAGAAGCAUGUCUGCACUAGUUUGGCAAGUACAUUUUUCUUUUAUAUCCAAGUGACUGAUUGUCCCCAUUCAUAAAAAGCAUGCCAUCUAUACGUUUCCUAAAACCAUUACAGUAUCUUCAAAUCUAGAGGAAAUUACCAUUCAUUGUGAUUUAAGUUUUUACUGAUUAUGGAGCUAUAUUUUGAAACAUUAAGACUAUGGAAAUGACUUAUCCAAAAGCUAGAGACAUGUGGUAUGAGCAAUGUAU